UGUGCUGCCCUCACCUGGGCCCUGGGCCCACCCUUCCCUCUGCAGGGCCCUUUCGUGCACCUGUCUGUGAUGAUGGCUGCCUACCUGGGCCGUGUGCGCACCACGACCAUCGGGGAGCCUGAGAACAAGAGCAAGCAAAACGAAAUGCUGGUGGCAGCGGCGGCAGUGGGCGUGGCCACAGUCUUUGCAGCUCCCUUCAGCGGCGUCCUGUUUAGCAUUGAGGUCAUGUCUUCCCACUUCUCUGUCUGGGAUUACUGGAGGGGCUUCUUUGCGGCCACCUGCGGGGCCUUCACGUUCCGGCUCCUGGCAGUCUUCAACAGUGAGCAGGAGACCAUCACCUCCCUCUACAAGACCAGUUUCCGGGUGGACGUUCCCUUCGACCUGCCAGAGAUCUUCUUUUUUGUGGCGCUGGGUGGCAUCUGUGGCAUCCUGAGCUGUGCUUACCUCUUCUGUCAGCGAACCUUCCUCAGCUUCAUCAAGACCAAUCGGUUCAGCUCCAAACUGCUGGCCACCAGCAAGCCUGUGUACUCAGCCCUGGCCACCUUGGUUCUCGCCUCCAUCACCUACCCGCCCGGUGUGGGCCGCUUCCUAGCUUCUCGGCUGUCCAUGAAGCAGCAUCUGGACUCGCUGUUCGACAACCAUUCCUGGGCACUGAUGACCCGGAACUCCAGCCCACCUUGGCCCGAGGAGCUCGACCCCCAGCACCUGUGGUGGGAAUGGUACCACCCGCGGUUCACCAUCUUUGGGAUCCUUGCCUUCUUCCUGGUUAUGAAGUUCUGGAUGCUGAUUCUGGCCACCACCAUCCCCAUCCCUGCCGGGUACUUCAUGCCCAUCUUCAUCCUUGGAGCUGCCAUCGGGCGCCUCUUGGGAGAGGCUCUAGCUGUCGCCUUUCCUGAGGGCAUCGUGGCUGGAGGGGUUACCAAUCCCAUCAUGCCCGGGGGCUAUGCCCUGGCAGGGGCUGCAGCCUUCUCAGGGGCUGUGACCCACACCAUCUCCACGGCGCUGCUGGCCUUUGAGCUGACCGGCCAGAUAGUGCAUGCACUGCCCGUGCUGAUGGCGGUGCUGGCAGCCAACGCCAUUGCACAGAGCUGCCAGCCCUCCUUCUACGAUGGCACCAUCAUUGUCAAGAAGCUGCCAUACCUGCCGCGGAUUCUGGGCCGCAACAUCGGCUCCCACCGCGUGAGGGUGGAGCACUUCAUGAACCGCAGCAUCACCACACUGGCCAAGGACACGCCGCUGGAGGAGGUGGUCAAGGUCGUGACCUCCACAGACGUGGCCGAGUAUCCCCUGGUGGAGAGCACAGAGUCCCAGAUCCUGGUGGGCAUCGUGCGAAGGGCCCAGCUGGUGCGGGCCCUCCAGGCUGAGCCUCUUUCCUGGGCUCCAGGACACCAGCAGUGUCUCCAGGACAUCUUGGCUGGGGGCUGCCCCACGGAACCAGUGACCCUGAAGCUGUCCCCAGAGACUUCCCUGCAUGAGGCACACAACCUCUUUGAGCUGUUGAACCUUCAGUCCAUCUUCGUGACAUCGCGGGGCAGAGCUGUGGGCUGCGUGUCCUGGGUGGAGAUGAAGAAAGCAAUUUCCAACCUGACAAAUCCACCAGCCCCAAAGUGAGCCAGUCCAGCAAGAUGAAACAGGGCACCCCAGCUGCCCUGGUACUGAGGUUGGGCUGAGACCCUGCCUCUCUUCCCCCACCACCCCUUACCCCCACUCCAACCCAGCUCCAUUCCUUGACAUAACAGACAACUCUAACCUAGCCCGGAAGAAGAUGGCUCAUCCUGGGUGUGACGAUGGCUCCUGCCUUGAAAGACAAAUCCCACCUUGGACAGAGCUGAGUGUGAGAUGACGAAAAACCAGUGUCUGCCAGGUGCUCAGUGACUGGCCAUCACAUUAAUGAAUAACGAGAUUGGAGUACGCUGUCACGAAGGGCAGGCACAGAUGCCCUCUGGGGUUGUCUGAUUCCCAAUGAGAGGCUCCUGAGAAAAAUAAAGCUGGUUCCCAGA